UGACUCAAAGACGUCGUCGUUUUCUUUCGGCGCGACUCCGGCUACUGGUUCUAAUGCUGCUGAUGUUACCAAGACUACUGGAUUCUCGUUUGGUGGUGCAGCUGCUUCCACUGGUUUCAGCUUCCCGAGCAGCACGACGUCUGGUACAGGGUUUAACUUUGGAGCAGCUACGACUUCGACUCCGGCAACAACAUCUGGCUUUAGCUUCGGUGUUGGCUCGGGUAACUCAGGAUCUACUAGCGGAAGUUCUGCUGCUGUCGAUUCAACAGUGAAAGACACGAAACCCGCUUCUCCAAAGAAGGCGGUCUCGCAUGAAUACGGACAAAACGACGAGAACGAAUUCGCCGAGUCCGAUGGCGAGUCAAGUGACGAGGAAGAGGAGCGAAAGGAAGAAGAGGAAAAGGCCAGGUCUACUUUCCGUACGAUUGCGUCCAAUGGAGCCGAUUACAUCGCUUCGGAGCUGUUCCCGAAGCUGUUUAAGGCGAUGGGCUCUACUUAUGACGAGGAGGAGCACACCAGCACAGUGGCAAGUCUCGAGAAGGAUGGGAAGAUCUACGAGAAUGACUUCGUUACGUGGUACGUGAAUUGGAUUUUCGGUGGCGAUGAAUCUGAUUCUGAGGAAGAGGACAAUCAGCCAGUAGCCACUAAAAAAACCAUUUCGCACGAAUACGGCCAGAACGAUGAGAAUGAGUUUGCUGAGUGUGACGAAUCGAGUGACGAGGAGGAGGAGCGUAAGGAAGAAGAAGACACUGCUAGAGUUACGUUCCGCACGAUUACUGCCGAUGGAACCGACUAUAUCGCGUCGGAGCAGUUCCCAAAGCUGAUUAAGGCAAUGGGGGCUACCUAUGACGAGGAAGAACAUGCCAACACCGUGAAAAGCCUCGAGAAGGAUGGAAAGAUUUACGAAUCCGACUUCGUUACAUGGUACGUGAAUUGGAUUUUCGGUGACGAAGCCUCGGAUUCGGAUGAAGAUGAAAGUGCACCUGCAUCGGCGGAUGCAAAGUCCGAGAUGAAGUCGAAGGAGGAGAUCGCAGCGGCGUUCUCGAAAUUUACGGCCAAGGAGGGAAGCUGGAAGUGCGCA